AUGGAGGGGAUUUGGAAAUCGCUGGUUGAUGCCCAUUUAGAGCUUUUGAACGCGACAGGGUGGGGCGCGCUGUUGGACGUGCUCAACGCUUCAUGGAGCGAGGGCGGAGGCGGCGUGCUGCGCCUCAUCUAUCAACCGGUCAGCGAGUUCGUGGCGGCGGUGAACUGGUCCGAGCCCUUCUUCGCCUAUCUCGCGCUGUUUCACCUGGCCGUCAUUGUCCUGGUGCUGAUGCUCACCUGGCGUGCGUCGGCGGAGCGCAUAUUUGUGGUGGAUGUUCUUGUGCUUCUACUCGGCUGGUGCUCGUCACACCUCAACGAAUUUGGCCGAUCGCAUGCUUCGGAGAUCUUUCUGGAAAAAGGGGUGAACUACUUUGACCGCGAGGGGCUGUUUAUUAGUGUCGUGUACUGGUGCCCGCUCUUCCUCCUCGCUCUGCUGCUGCAGGGACGUCUCCUCCUGCAGAUGUUGAAGUUGAUGAUUGCGACGAAGCGGAAACAGCUGCGGAAAGAAAUGAAGGAAAAGGCCGCCGCCGCCGCACGGGGAGGAGGAGCGACUACUCCUACUGCUGCUGCGGGAAGGAAAUCUGUUAAAGCCACGAAGAAGAACUGA